CGGAGCCGCGCCCGGAGCGACCUCGGUGGCCGGGAUCCCCCCCUCUGCCGCGGCCGCCGCGGCCGCCGGGGUGCUGCUCUCGCACUCGGCCUUCUGGGACCCCACCACCAGCGGCGACUGGGACGGAGAGAGGCCGAGCGCCGCCUGCCUGCUCCGCAUCAAACGAGAUAUCAUGUCGAUUUAUAAGGAGCCACCUCCCGGAAUGUUUGUUGUGCCUGACCCCCACGAUAUGACCAAGAUUCAUGCGUUGAUCACAGGGCCCUUUGACACGCCUUACGAAGGGGGUUUCUUCUUGUUCCUGUUUCGCUGUCCUCCAGAUUAUCCCAUCCAUCCGCCACGGGUCAAGCUGAUGACAACCGGGAAUAACACAGUGAGGUUUAACCCUAAUUUCUACCGCAAUGGGAAGGUCUGCCUCAGUAUUCUAGGCACAUGGACCGGUCCGGCCUGGAGUCCUGCACAGAGCAUCUCUUCAGUCCUCAUCUCUAUACAGUCCCUGAUGACUGAGAACCCUUAUCACAAUGAGCCUGGCUUUGAACAGGAGCGGCAUCCAGGAGACAGUAAGAAUUACAACGAGUGCAUCCGGCACGAAACGAUCCGAGUCGCCGUGUGUGACAUGCUGGAAGGCAAAUGCCCUUGUCCGGAGCCUUUACGGGGAGUUAUGGAGAAAUCCUUCAUGGAAUAUUACGAUUUUUAUGAGGGGGCGUGCAAAGAGAGGCUCCAUCUCCAGGGACAGACGAUGCAGGAUCCUUUCGGCGAGAAGCGAGGACACUUUGACUAUCAGUCCCUCCUAAUGCGUUUGCAAGGGAUCCGUCUGAAAGUGCAGGAGAAGCACCAGCAGGAGCACCCGGACAUAGACUCAGAGAGCAGCUCUUCC